AUGCUGCCUAGAAAGAGGAACAGAAGAAGAUACAGAAAGAGAACAGGACCUGUUUCUCGUGAAUAUAAACUAUGUGUUCGGUUAUUACCACCAAAUUUAACUGAAGAACAGUUUAUUAAUACAUUAGAAGAACAUGGGAUCAAAAUCGACCUAUUCAAGGAAUCUUUCUAUUACGUGCAGGGUCACUACUCUCAUAAAAUCUUUAAGAAACCAACAUUAUCUCGUGCAUACAUACAGUUGGAUUCAUUGGAUACAAUUAGAUCUUUAAUUGACGGUAUUAAAACUUGCAGGUUCAUCGAUGACUUGGAUAAUUCCAUGGUUCCGGACCUUCAAAUAUCGCCAUUCGUGAAGAAAACCACUAGUGCCUGUGAUACCAAUCCCAUUGAGGGGACAAUACUGAAGGAUCAUGUGUUUCAAACCUUUGCAAAAUCAUGGAAAUUGAUUAAUGAAGAGGAGAGCAGCUCAUUACAAUUCAAAGAUUUGAGUGUGAUAACACCGUUAAGAAAAGAAUUAGAACGAGAGGCUAAGAUGGAAAAACUAUUGCAAGAACGUAAGGAGAAGGCACUUAUUGAGCUAGCGGGUGAUCCCACCAGUGAGGCAAAGAAGAAGGAGAUCAAGAGACUUAAGAAAAAACUAAGACUAUUAGAAAAGAAGAAGAAGAAGUUUGCCAAAGGCAAGGGAAGUAAUGAUGAUGAUUUAGAGAAAGAAUUGAAAGGAAACUUAGCUGCCUUCAAAGAGGGCCUCUCGAAAUCUAAAUCCAAGACAAAGUCAAAGAAAAAACUAAAAACUAAAUCUAAAUCUAAAUCUAAGUCCCAAUCCAAGUCUAAAUCUAAUCCUGAAACGGAUACUACCGUUAGCGAAACAUCACCAGUAAAUUCUAAGAAGAAGAUUCUUCUAAAACCAAAAGAUAAGGAGAAGUUGGAUACUGCAAGUUCGACUGAAAAGAAAGGGAGCAAGAAAUCAAAACCCAAGAAAAAAGACAAAGGUAAAGAUGCUUCAGAGGCAGCAAAAGAGCAAACAACCACGACAGACUCUAAGACGAAAGGUAAAACAAAACCAAAACCAAAACCAAAAACAAAGAAGAAACCUAAUUCAAAGGCUGACAUCCCUAAAAACGAUAAAUCAGGACCUCGGGAAAGUACAUCGGACACUACAGUAAAUAACGAAACUGCAAAGCCCAAACCAAAUAAGAAAAGGCGAUACAGAAAACCUAAAAAGAGUGCAGAAUAA